CCGCCGAGCGCUCGGGCGGCCGCCCCAGCUGGGCAGUGCUGCUGUGCGCCGCGCCGCGCUCGGUGCCCGCGCUCCCCGCCCCGCGCUCUCCGCCAGCCGCCCCGGGGCAGGAGGCGCGCCUGGCGGCCGGCCGGCCAGACAAAGGAGGCGGCGGCGCGGCGGAGCCGGCGCGGGCCGACGGACCAUGGACUCGGGGCGCGAGCGACCGGCCCCAGCCCUGAGGACCCGGCGCCCCCGGGCCCGGCCCUAGGCGCCCGGCUCCGCCGCCCGGGGCGCGCAGCUGGGAGGACGCGGAGCCCGUGCGGCGCGGAGGAGGCGGCGGCGGCGGCCGCGGCGGCCGCCGAGCGAGAGGGGCGCCGCGGCGGACGGCCCGCGCGGGCCCCGGAGCCAUGGGCAAGUGCAGCGGCCGCUGCACGCUCGUCGCCUUCUGCUGCCUGCAGCUGGUGGCUGCAUUGGAGCGGCAGAUCUUUGACUUCCUGGGCUAUCAGUGGGCUCCUAUCUUAGCCAACUUCCUGCACAUCAUGGCAGUCAUCUUGGGCAUCUUCGGCACCGUGCAGUACCGCUCCCGGUACCUCAUUCUGUAUGCAGCCUGGCUGGUGCUCUGGGUUGGCUGGAAUGCAUUUAUCAUCUGCUUCUACCUGGAGGUUGGACAGCUGUCCCAGGACCGGGACUUCAUCAUGACCUUCAACACGUCCCUGCACCGCUCCUGGUGGAUGGAGAAUGGCCCAGGCUGUCUGGUGACACCUGUCCUGAACUCCCGCCUGGCCCUGGAAGACCACCAUGUCAUCUCUGUCACUGGCUGCCUGCUUGACUAUCCCUACAUUGAAGCACUCAGCAGUGCUCUGCAGAUCUUCCUGGCUCUGUUCGGCUUUGUGUUCGCCUGCUACGUGAGCAAAGUGUUCCUGGAAGAGGAGGACAGCUUUGACUUCAUCGGUGGCUUUGACUCCUAUGGAUACCAGGCGCCCCAGAAGACGUCGCAUUUACAACUGCAGCCUCUGUACACGUCCGGGUAGCUUCUGUGGCGCUCCCACCCGGGCGCCCCUUGCUUGCUGGCUAGACUGAAGCUGCGGCCGCCUGCUCUGGCCGAAAUGGCAGGCGCGCCCCCUGGCGGCUAGCGGACUGACUGCAGCCUGAGCUGGCUGGGUCCGCCAUGGACAUAGACUUGGCCUUCUGCAGCCCGACUCCAAGGGUUGGGCGGGCCGGGCGGGGGAGGGGAAUCGCGGGGUUUGUAUUUUUUUUAUCUCAGCCUUGGUGUGCGCCGGGGCCUCCCUCCCUUCUCCAGACUCUUCCUUUCCAAACCCUUCACCCAACUUCCAGUCCCCUGUCCAGAGAGAAAUGGCAUUCACCCCAUCUUACCACACUCACUCACCAGCCCUGGGGAGAGUUCCUGUGACCUAGAAACAGGAGUCCUGCGUUCCAAUUGCAGCGUCACUGACUCUGUGACAUCUGGCAAGGCCCUUGGCCUCUCUGGGCCUCAGUUUCCCUCAAAUCAUUAAAAGAAUCUCUUAGCAGA